AUGAUUGAAGAGAAACCGCCCAAUAGAGAAAGUUUUCAAUACUAUACAAACAUUGGCAAAGCUCUCGGAGUCAAUGUCUCAUCCGAUGACUUGAUGACACACUCAUGCGCUGGUAUCUCCUUCGGCUAUACUGAAGCAUUCACUCAUGCUUUGGAUGUAUUUUUCACAUAUUUCGUUUGGGAUCAAAGCUGGCACGAUCAACACCUAUUCAACGCAUUGCAAAUAUGGUGA